AUGGCAUUCAGUGAAACUCUGUGGAUGCUGACAUUAUAUGUGGCCAUUUUAAUCCAUUCUUUGCUGCUUGCAUGGGGAGUUUAUUACCAUCUCACCAGGACCCACAUUCCUCCAGGAAUCACCCAUGGUGCAAAAUUACAUGUUAUCAGUAUGGCUUCGGGAUAUCUCUUUGGACUGGGGCUGCUCCUGGAAAAACUUGGCAUUUGCCACAGGUAUAUGAUCUGGAGGAUCUUAGAUGUUUGGAUAUCACCAAAACACUACCAAGGGCUGGUAAUAAAGGACCUGGUUUUCGAUGGGGUGCCAGUCAGGGUGCACUGGCCCAAAACAUCACCUGCUGAGAACAGGAGAGGAGUGAUGUAUUUCCAUGGAGGUAUUGCUCUCUUCGGAACAAUGCGAGCCUUUGAAAGAUCAUGCUGCUAUAUUGCCCACCAAAGUGAGUCAGUGGUUGUGAAUGUCAAUUUCCGGUUAGCUCCUGAGCAUCUGUAUCCAAUUCCGGUAUUGGACUGCCGUACUGCUGCAAUCCACUUUUUGAAGCAUGCAAAGGAAUACGGAGUGGACCCCAACCGAAUUGCCAUUGGAGGGGACAGUGGCGGGGGCACGAUUGCUGCAGCCAUCUGUCAACAACUAGUGGCAAGGAAGGAUCUCCCAAGAGUGCAAGCUCAGUUCCUGGUGUACCCUUUCCUCCAAGCAGUGGACUUCAAUUUGCCUUCCUAUCAGCAAAACCGUUCCAUUCCUCUGUUGUUCAGGAAACGAGCUGUCAAACACGGUUUCAAGUAUCUCACAGGGAAGAUGAUCAAUGUGGAUGGAAUCAUAAAGGGCGCCCAUGUCUCUACAGAUAUAUGGCAGAAGCACUGGAAAUGGCUUAGUGCUGACAACAUCCCAGAAGAGUUUAAGGGCAGGGGCUAUGUCCCAGCAGUACCUUCUCCAUUUUCGGAAAAGCUUCAUGAACUCUGCAAACGAGGUUUUGAGACAAUGUUUUCCCCCCUCUUAGCGGAGGAUAACAUCAUCUGCCAACUCCCUGAGACUUUCAUUUUAACCUGUGAGUAUGAUCUUAUCCGGGACGACGGACUGUUAUACAAGAAACGUCUAGAGGACAAUGGUGUGUCGGUGACAUGGCGUCAUCUUCAGGAUGGGUUCCAUGGAAUGACUAUAUCUUUUGGCCUGGGGCCAUUUGAAUUUCCAGCUGCAAGGAAAUGUUUGCAGCACGUAGCAGAUUUCUUAAAAGGUAUAUAGAAAUAAAUGGCCUGUUUUGUCCGGCGCUGGUAGUCUUCCCCUUCUGUGCAGGCAUAUUCUUUUUCAUGCCCUGCUCUCCCAAUCAUAACAUUAAAAAAACUGAAAGUCAGAUCAAAUGUUUGGCACAGUCUAAUUUAUUAAAGUCAAUGUGCUGGACAUAAGAAAAGCCCUACAGAUUCAGGCCAAUGGUCCACCUAGUCUUGCAUACUGUUCUCACAAUGACCAGGUAGAUGCUGUCAAGAGUCCAGGUUCCCAGCUUGAUAACACAGUAAGCGUAGGUAAUUAAAAAGGAGGAUUUAUUGUAAAUACAAACAGAUAACUCCGGAUGACUCUAGCCAAGCCAAGCAUUAUCACUCAAGAUGACCCUUCUGAGGACUCCUUCGGGUGUCGACAGAAGAUAUUGAACUUUCGACCUUUACAUCUCUUAUUUUGCUUCCUGUCUAGCAGCCCCCCAAUUUGCCUCUGCCUUGGACUUUUUUGUCAGCUACAGCCUCUUCCUAUUCCGAAAAACUGUCUGUGUGGCUUUUCAAGCCUUUUUGAGCUUCCUGAGACCUUUGGCUGUUUUCCAGCCCACUCUCAGUUGUUCCCCUGGCAACUGGCCGUCCAAGGUUAGAGGGAGUCGAUGCUGGCAGCUGUGUGCUCUGCUCAGCCAGCGUCGACUCCAAACUUCUCUGUUCCUGACUGUAUUCAGCAGCCGGAUGCAAAAUUACACUGGGAGCUGGCUCAUUCCUGACAGAUGCCUCCUGGGACACCCACAAGCAGUGCCUGAGAAAGCUCAUAGCGGCUGACAUUUGGAAGCAUGCUGCCUUUAACUGUAGAGGAAGAAAUUAGCUUUCUCUUUCAUGAAUUUGUCUAAUCCUCUUUUAAGUACAUCCAUGUUCCUGACCAUCACUACCCCUUGCAGUAGCCAGCUUCACAAGUUAACUGCAUACUUCCUUCUCAAACCAGUAAGCAACAAACGCUUAGGAAUUCUAUCUGACCACGAGGGUCUUUGCGAACUGGUUUGAUGACAACUUAAGCUAUGCCUGCUUUAUUUUAAUCAAUAAUGUUCUUUCCUUUCUACUUUCUUUUGUCUGUCCUGAAUCUCCCAACACAGACCGUCAUAGGAUGCCCCUGAGUUCUAGUGUUAGUGAGAGAGAAGAGGAAAACUUCUUCCUCUUUGUCUUCCUCUGCUGUUGGACCCAUUGAUGGCCCCUGGUGGGCCAUCUAGUGGGAUGUAGGCAUUUAAGUUCAUUCAUAUAUAUAUAUAAAAUUUACAAUUUAGAAUACUCAUUUAAACAUCCUUAAAAUAUCAAUGACUCCCCCUUCUUCUCUUUCCAAGGUUCAUUUUGCAUAUCAUAAAUCUCUGCAUUUUUACAUAAACUAAACCAUUCAGUAUUCCAUAAUUACAUCCAUCAAAACUUAUUUACACUGUUGAAUUCAUCUUAAUGCUGACAACGUUUCUAAGUGUACACAACCCUCCCAUAUAUUCA